AUGACGGUGUGCUACACAUGGUUCCAUGAGAGGUUUCGGGUUCUCCCAACAGACGCGAGUGAGGAGACGGUGCGUAUAUACCCGCGUGCUUAUAUUCUGAUGUUAUUGUCAUCUCAGCUGUUUGCGGACAAGAACGCAAACAGGGUUUACCUUUACUGGUUGCCUUAUUUGGCAUCGCUGGAUGAUUUGGGUAGAUAUAGCUGGGGCUCAGCUGCACUGGCCUGGUGGAGCGAAUAUCUACCGAGAAACGAUGCAGGGGAUCAAAGAGUGGUAUCUGCACACCUUUCUUUGGAUAGAUUACAUGUCCACGAUUUUAUGUGGGAGCCUUAUUCUUCUCCUGAGGUUGCUACUGUUGUUCAUCUGGAGAUACUAGUUAACGAGCACCGUAAGCUAUGGACGGUGGUCACUCGCCUGAUAUAUUUUGCUGCGAUUGAGUGGCAUCAGGUGGAUAGGGUGGUACCGCAGUUCGGCAGUGUUCAGCAUCUCCUUCAGUUGGCUCUGAACAUAGAUUGGCUCCAUGCGAAGGAUGGAAGGGGUGGAGACCGAUGGUUCUCCAGAUACUAUCAGGAGUGGCAUCAGCAUUGGGAGAACCGGGUUGAUUUAGUCAUACCGGUCGAUCGAGUAGCUGACCCCGGUCCAUCAGCUGAGUACUUGGACUGGUGGGGCCGUGUGGCCGAUUGUUUUGACCGAGGAGGCUCGUCACAGAUUUAG